AUGGCUUAUUUGGAUGACCUGCCGGCAGAGCUGAUCGAGAACGUCGUAAUCUGCCUGACGUUGAACGAAAUAUGUGCUCUCCGCUUGGCGAACCGAUCUCUUGCUUCCAAAGCGUCACAGGAUCACUUUAGAGCCUUCUACCGAAGCAAACGAAUUGACAUCGAUGAGCGCGGACUUAAGGACUUCGUCGUCUGUACAGCCAAUGCCGGCAUGGGCUGUCUGGUUGAUGACUUUACCCUGACUGGUCUCGUCUACAACACAAUCUUCAUCAAGAAUCAGCUACGUCCUGGCGAUGUGAGAAUAAAGUCACAGAUUUCCGAAGGAGGCGCAACUAGUAUUCAAACCAGCAUCGGGUGGCGCCCUUUUGAGGAAGCAGAGCGCGAAGCACUCAGAAGGCAGCUCAAUAUCCUCCAACGCCGACAGGAAGCUCAAUUGCAUUUUCUGCAAAGUGAAGACGCUCAAAAACUGCUAAGGAAAGCCUUUCGAAACAUCAAAAGAGGAAGAACAUCGCCCACUCCGCUUUCGUUGACCCUCAACUUGGCUGUGUACCGGGACGAUGCCCUAUGCCGCUCAGCGCCAGCUGAUGGUGGUAGCUGGAGACUGAUUUGGCAGUCGGCGGCUGACACUUUUCAGCUUGUCCAGGACGCUCUAGACGCGAGCACGCUGGCAGUGUCUUAUUUCCGAUGCUUCCCAACGCACGGCAAGAACAGCCAAAUGCGGUCCAGCUUGGCCUGCAACGAGAUUGGACCUGUGAUCGCCUAUUCUGGACUCGAAUCAUGUCUAGCUAGUCUCAAGGCACUCACGUUGGCGUUCUCCGACACAAGUCUCAGAUAUGAUGACAAAGAUGCAGAGCUCCUGGAAGCGGGCGACAGACAGGAACUUUCGAGACAACCCAUCGCAGGGAGAGAACUUCAACUUAUCGUGCAGGCUGCGAACUCCGCCAACUUCACUGGCCUUCUUAGCUUUGUCAAAGCCUGCCGAAACAUACGGGAGCUCGAUCUUCAUCGAUACCAACUCACCAACCAUGGAGACACAUCUCGGGUCCAGGGAGAUAAAGUGUCGAACAUGCUCUUCCAACAUCUCAAACUCACAGAACUGCGCAACUGCAGACUUCGAGGCUUUCGCGCUGGUUCAGACGAUAUAAUACACUUUCUCCGAAACCACCAGACCCUCCAAAAGUUACUUCUCAAGAACUUUACCCUAUCUUCUGGUACGUUCCGUCCCGUCUUUGAUCACUGCACCGGCAACCCGGACACCAAAUCCGAAAGCAUGCAACCAAAACUAGACAGUAUCGAGUUGGAGGACCUCUUCGAAGACGCUACAGCCUCUUCGAGCAAGCAGCUGCUCCUAUUCACCGGUCCUAAACUCGAAGACGAUUCCAAAGUGAGUGGUUGGCGAAGUACCAACAAUCUUUCGCGCUGGGCCAGCGGGACGAAACGUUUGAUCACAUACCAAAGGCAGAACUACAAUAUUGGCCGAGGAUCGCAGUGGCAGAAACAGGCUAUGGAGGAGUUCGGUCCUCCUGAUCAGAGGUAUAUCAAGUUUCUCUGA